GUCAGGUGGGUGAGUGAAGGCGGAAGGAUCUGUGGCUAUCGGUUGGGUGGGUCAUGGGAGGGCGGAGGGGCGCGGCGGAGCUGGAAUGAGGGCACAGCUUCUCUCCGUGUCCCACACAGCAGGCUUCCUCCGAGAAGUUAGCUGGCGCUUGAGGUUGGGCAGAAGCUGAGAAGGAUAUCCUCGGUACCUGAGCGGCCAAGUAUGCUUCAGCAGGUCGACCAUCUCUAGGGGAAGCCGAGGAGCUGCCAGUCUGGUCGGUGAGAGGAGUUGUCCACCUGUCCGCGUAUGAGAGAGAAACUGUCAGUGAAGGUGGAGAGUUGGUGUGCCCUUGGAAAGAAAGUGAAUGGUUGCCCAGCCUAACCGGGGAAGAGCCAGUUUCCAAAUCUGAGAACAGUCAUGUACCAACAAUUAUGAUAGCGAGAUGUCGCUGUGCCUGAGGAAGUGUAUCCAGAAAGUUGAAGCAGAUCACAAGCCCACAACAGACGAAGUUGUGGAUUCGGCCACUGGAAAGCGUCGGAUGUGAAUGAACACCAGCUCCGGGGAGCUCAGCAUGCUGCCCGCGGCAGUGAAGAGAUGGCUCCACAAGCCUAAAAGAUCUGACCCACACCCACUGGCUCAAUUCUUCUAUGCAGAUAAGGAAGUGACUCGAGUGAUGACAGAGCUGAAUAAUGUGAACCUGCACAAUGACCCCCAAGAGUAUGUGUUGCAACUGAACAAUCUCCGGGCCAGACAGGACCACAUGCUGCAGAUAAUUAAUCAGAUCAUGGAUGAAUGUAUCCCCAAUGAGCGACCAAAUCGAGAGUUCCAAGUCAAGUUCCCUGAUGAGGUUUUGCAGGAACAGCUAGGAGUACAGCUCUGGUUUGCUGCUGAGUGUUUGAUGGCCAGCUCCCUCAUUGAAGUGCAUGAAUCUGAGAUGUUUCUGUUGCGCCCUCUGGCGGAGGAACUGCUGCACAGUCUGGAGGAGGUGCGAUCACUUCUCCGGGAACAGUGUUUCUCUGAUUACACGGUCUAUACAGAUGAUAUUAAAGCAUCUCUUGUUCGGUUUGACAGGCUCUUUGCUGAGUUUGAAUUCAGCUAUGUUUCUGCUGUGGUCCCCAUCAAAUCUCCUGAGGAGCUCUUCAACCAGCAACAGAUUAUUGUCCUCUUCUGUGAAACUAUAGAUAGGGCACUGAAACUGGGUUACUUGACACAGGAGAUGAUUGAUGGCUUGGAACCUGUACUGAUGUUCACCAUUCCCCGCCUUGCUAUCAUUUGUGGGCUGAUUAUUUACCCAGAAGGACCUCUCAACCUAGAGCAGCAACCGGAUGACAUGUCCAGGCUUUUUAAACCUUUCUACGCCCUCUUGCAAAAAAUAAGGGACUUGCUUUAUGUACUCACAGAAGAAGAACUCUCUCUGUUGGAGAAGAGCCUCUGUGCUGUAGAAUCUGAGGAUUUCUUCAAUCCCCACACAAUGUUUCCCAAUGUUUCAUCUCCUCUUCAUAACACCACAUUGCAUCAUGAAAUGCUUGAUGAACCUACGCAUGCUGGUGGUGGUUCACCUAUUCGGCAUGACAGAGAGGAACAUGGACACCGAGCACCUAAUGAGCCAUAUUGCUACCAGUCUACCUCAAAUGCAUCCAAUUCAGUCAAGCAAACUUCAAAUGAAAUACAGCAUCUUUUGGAAGGUUCUAACUUUAUACUUGACAGAGAUGAUGAAAUGUGGGGACAAGAGUUUGGAUGGAUUGUGAAUGUCAGCACACAGGAAGAUGCACAGAACGAAAACAAGAUUAUCUACACGGAUAGUCCCAGGUUGUCAUUAUCUACUUCUAAUGACAGCCUGACUGAUUCCAAUAGCAUGCAGUGCUAUUGUGUUGCAAUCAAUAACCCUCAUUCAGGAACUGACCAUCCAGAAUUCCUUGAUGGGCUUGAAAUGGCGGGAGUAUCCACAAUAGCUACCAUCCAAGCUCCUAAUUCUCCAGAUGAAUGCCAUGUGCCAACAACUUCUGAACAAGAUCACGUUUCUCAUUUAAAUGCUGAUUGUCCUGAUGAGCUAACUGAAAAUCACAAACCAGAGGCUGCUUCAUUUCUUGGAGCAAUUGCACAACAGAACAUCUGUGGCAGAAGUGUCUCAAAUAAUCUGGUGCCUGAAGAUCUACACACCAAUAACAGCAGAUUGUCUGAAGGAAAAAAUGAGUCUCAUGUUAUGGAUUGGAAAAUGAAAAGGCAAGCAGUGCAGGCUGUGAAUGCCGUGGUAAGAGAGGAAAUAAGAUCACGGUACCGGAACAGUGGUGACAUGCUACAUCGACUCUUUGUUUGUAUCUCUGGUGUAGCAGACCAACUUCAGACCAACUUUGCAGGAGACCUUCGGCGGAUUCUAAAGACUGUCUUUGAGAUUGCGACAUCGACACCAGAAAAGGAGGAUGUUGUGGAAGAGGAAGAGGAGGAACAUGUUAAUGCAGAGCCCCCCUUGGAAGAUUGUGCACUGUGUCAGGAAUCCCAUUCCCAUUCAUCUCGAACUUCCAAUUUAAACAGCAGCAAACCAGAAGUGCCUCCAGAGUGGAUUGCUGACUCUGCCUGCAACCAAUGCAUGUCUUGUAAAGCACCAUUUACAAUUAUCAGGAGACGACAUCACUGCAGGAACUGUGGCAAGAUCUUCUGCUCCCGCUGUUCCUCCCAAUCAGCUCCAUUACCUUGGUAUGGACAGAUGAAGCCAGUCCGUGUCUGUUCGCACUGUUACUUGUGUCACCUCACUUCCUACUACUCCAGCACAUCUGCAUGUUAGCCUGGUGUUAAAAUGGACAGAUUUGCAACAGGAAGAGCUCUGGAGUAAACCUUCAGUAAUUUGGUUUGAGUGUUUCAACAGAAUCAACUUGACCACAAGCAAUCUAAUUUCCCAGGUCCAAUUUUGUUGUACAAGCCAAUGGUUUUGACUCCAAUUGUAAUGCAAAUCUAUAAAGAACCACUGACAUGAGUUAUUUCUAGAGUACUUUCUAGCAUAAAAGAAGAGGAUUCUAACUGGAGUAAUUUAAUGACAACUACAUCAAUGAUCCCUUCCCAUUGGGUAAAGGGAACCCACAAUUAUUUUGUGGCUUUAAGGGAGUGGAUCAUCAGAAUCUAAAUUUGACUGUUUAUAACAAUAUAAUUUGCUUGAGUUGUUAAUUAACAAAUCUCUAAUGUAAGACAAUCGACUAAGCAAUUGGGAAGGAAAGCAGUAAAUUUUUUCCUGGGGAAAAUCAAGCAUUAUCUUUUGUUACAACUUUACUUCUGAUGGGCAUAUGGUGAUCUAUCUGGAUACUUGGACAUCAUUACAAUUGCACAAAAACAAAGUGGACUGCUAACCUCAGAUGAAAUACAUUAGAACAAAACACCUGCAAAACCAGGCACUUCAUUUACAAUUCUCUGAUGCCUGCAAAGUGGCCUUUGCUCUAUACUGUGAGUGAUAGCAGGAAGAAUUGAUGUGUUCAUUUAUUUCCUGAAGCAUAAAUCAAUUAUGCAAGAUUUUCUUUAUUCCUGUUUAUUUUUGUGCAAUUUUCAGUAACCUAACUGGUACUUUUUUUAUGAAGUCUAAAGUUGAAGGUUACUGGUGGUUUGGUCAUUUGUAAUUUUACUGGAAAUUCUCUGGGGAAUUUGGCUGUUUGCAAUUUGGAUAAUAUGAUAUGUCUACAUUACAUACAAUCACUACUGGUGUCCUUCUAGUAACAGUGCUCCAGUGAAGCAUCUAAAACUCACUCAUGAUGGCUUUAACCAUUUACUGGCAUAACUAACCACAUUUGUCAACUGGGCAUUCUUCAACACUUUAAUUGAAUGCAGAUGAGAUUCCCCUCACUUAUAGACUAUGGAUGUGAUUAUUGCAGAAUAAUAUUCUGCAAUAGUUGAUCAGGUUGGCAAUGCCUUUGUCGUUUUGCCAGUUUUCUGAAGGAAAAUAUGGACUGAAUUAAAUGGCUGAACUUUGCACACAUCCCAAAAGUUUAGAGAUCAAUGCUGAACAUGGUAUUGUAUAAUUUACUUUACACUAGCUCAUACUUAAAUUUAGGCUGGUUUUUACCUGAAGUUGGCUUAAUGCAUAUUAAAUUUUGUACAAUACCCUGUUUAAUGUUGUUCAAAAACCAUAGUACAAUUACUUUGGAUUUAGUUGUGGUGCAUGAAUCUCUUGAUUUGCAACUUGGCCAUAUUGAAUAUUCUUUCAGGAAAAAUGCAUUUUUGCACUAAUUGGGGUAGGAGAAACAACUGUUCCGGGAAAUGUAUAUUAAAAGCCAGGGGAAAUUUUCAAUUUAGUCAAUGGACUACACUUGAGUUCUUCAGUCAAUGAAAACUGAAGUGCUAAUGAAAGUUUUCAAAACCAAAUGAGGACUUGAAUUCUUUAUUGUACUUGCAUUAUAACUUCCCCUGAUAGAAGUGCAAUACAUUAAGUCCCCCACUUUAAGUUUUGAUUUCCUUCUAUGUAAAAUUUGAAGCAAUAUACAUACAUUUGGUUCUUGAAUUGAGUUAAAAUAAUUACUUCAGAUUUGUAUGAAGGUGGGUUUUCUAAUCUUUUAGCAAUGUUUUGCUUUCAGAUAUGAUCUGUAAUCUUAAAAUGCCAGUUCUAACAGGGCAGUGAUUUUUUUUUAAAAAGGGAAUACUGUAUCUUUGAUCUACCUUUGUCUUCUCCGGGCUUUAGUGUUGCUUCUAUGGUUAAUGCACUUCUGGAAUAUUACCCAAAUGUGCUGCUAAAUAUAUCCAAAGGAUGGCAUUGAUCCCAUUUGAAAUUGCAGUUGGGUAACCUUUCACAACUUCAGGCCAACUGGGUAAUGGGGAAGUCACCUAGAGGAUAAGCUCUCCACUCCCUGAAAAUAUUAUAAAUGGUUUUAAUUGAAAAUCUAUUUGGGGAAUGAUCACUGUUUGGAGAGAUGGGAGACUUAAAAUUGCCCUGUAAAUAUUGUUCUUGCUCUUCUCUUUUCUCCUCCCCUCUUCCCACCCCCCCAGUUUUUGGAUUAUUUAAAUGGGUAAUGUUCCUUUGCCUUGUUCUCUGGAAACAACCUAAUAAAGAGUUGUCACCAAGAUUGUACUUUGAUCUUGUUCUCUUUAAAGGCCACUUGUAUCACCAUUGUGUAUAUCUGCCAGUUGAUUUUUCACUAUGUAGAAGGGCCUGAGCUCACCUGGAUGUACUGAAAUUCUUCCUCCAGUUGAUUAUUGUGAAUUUGAUUAUUGUGAUUAAAGUGAAUUUGAGCUGGUGUUCAAAAGUAAAACAUCUAGUGUUUUAAGGGUCUAUCUAAUGAUAAACAUCUUGCCUAACAAAAGAUUGCUUUGUACAGGUAAUGUAUUUUGUAACUUUUUUCAUAAUUCCAUUGUUUUGAAAUUUCACAUCUUUCAAAUAAAGCAAAAAUAGCCACUA